GUUUUUAUGCAUCAAUUAUGGUUCCAAAUUCACACUAAAUUAGUCUCUCAUUCUUUAGAAUUAUUAUUCAUAAUAUUGUUGCAACAUUCAGAAGUAAAUUGCCUGUAGUCCCAAUUAAAAAUCUAAAAAUUAAAUAUAAAUGAAUAAAUCAAGUCUAGGUCCAAAAUUACAACAUCAAAUUAAAAUAAACGUUGGUCAUAGUGAUGAACUUAUACCUGAAGAGCCGUUAAUGCAAUUUAAUAAACAACAACUUUAAUAAUGCAAAAAACCCAGAUUUGACACUAAGGGAAGAUAGAUUAUUAAGGGUAAAAAUUACUCAAUUGAAUUUCACGAUUGUGUUACUGUUUGUGUUUAUAAUCCUUGUGAUGAAGUAUUGUAAAUAAAAGAAACCCUUUCUUAACUAUCAAACGUUGAAUUGACAAAAGUAAGCUUUUAAAAUCCUCAAAGUUUCAACAAAUAAACACAAUAUAAUGGAAUUCCUUCUAAAUCGAUACUAAAAAAAAUUAGCCAAUUAAAUGCAAUAUAAUUAAAAUGAAGAUUCU